GCCAUCAUGUCUGCUGCAAAUUCUGAGGCUGCGAGCUCAGCAGCCUCCAGGGAGGCCGGCACCCAGUCCUCAUCAGCUGCUUCGAGCCAAGGCUAUGUUCUACCAGAAGGCAAAAUCAUGCCCAACACCAUAUUUGUUGGUGGAAUUGAUGUUAGGAUGGAUGAAGCAGAAAUUAGAAGUUUCUUUGCUAGAUAUGGUUCUGUUAAAGAAGUAAAAAUAAUCACGGAUCGAAGUGGUGUGUCCAAGGGCUAUGGAUUUGUUUCAUUUUAUAAUGAUGUGGAUGUACAGAAGAUAGUGGAAUCACAGAUAAACUUUCAUGGUAAAAAGCUGAAACUGGGCCCUGCAAUCAGGAAACAAAAUUUAUGUGCCUAUCAUGUGCAGCCUCGUCCGCUGGUGUUGAACCCUCCCGCUCCCCCGCAGUUUCCCAGUAUGUGGGGCAGUCCAAGCACUGAAGCCUACAUGCAGCCUCCAGCCAUGAUGAAUCCCAUCGCUCAGUAUGUGCAGGCAUAUCCUCCUUACCCAAGUUCACCAGUUCAGGUCAUCACUGGAUAUCAGCUGCCUGUUUAUAAUUAUCAGAUGCCACCACAGUGGCCUGCUGGGGAGCCAAGAAGUUAUGUUAUACCUCCGGCUUACACAGCUGUUAACUACCACUGCAGUGACGUUGAUCCAGGAGCUGAAGUUUUGUCGAAUGAAUGCUCCGUUCAUGAAGCUGCUCCAUCCCCUGGAAACGGCUCGCAAAAGAAAUCCGUGGACCGAAGCAUACAGACAGUGGUGUCGUGUUUGUUUAGUCCAGAGAACAGGCUGAGAAACUCUGUUGUGACUCAAGAUGAUUACUUCAAGGAUAAAAGAGUGCAUCACUUUAGAAGAAGUCGGGCAGUGCUUAAAUCUGUUUGA